AAUCGCCAGAGAAACGGCCUUGCGUGGCCAGCUCGUUCGUUCCCAGGGUCCAUAAAACCGGUUUAACCAAGGAUACAAGAACCAAUCAAGAAUAACUGUUAUAACUCCCGUGUGAGAGACAAGCUCUAUUACUGAUCGGACGUCAAUACAUUUUGUGGUGAUUUAACGUGUUUUGUUUCUCAAUUUGGAUAUUUACGAUCUCAAUCUUUACUGUAAUCAGGUUACUUUCGCCGGAAAUUAAUGAUUGUGUCAUUUCAUUUUUUCAUGAUUUACUUGCGUUUGAAGGAAAGAGCGUGGAGGUUUCUGACAGCUAGGGAUAUGUGAUUCUUUGCUCUCUGACUGUGUGCAAUUUGUCAGACACGAGGAAUAAUGACUGAAUAACGUAUUGUUCUUAAUAUUUCAUCGUCGUGUAGGCCUAGUACCAUCAGCUGCAUCGCUGUCAAAACAUCAGGUGCUUGGUGCCUGCUGUGUGGUUCAAGUGCUCUGCGAUAUAUGAACAAUACAAUCCUACACAGUACACAGUAGUUUAUAUCAAGGCACAAAAUUGGUAAUUAAUUUAGGAGUGGGGCAUUGCCGACUCCCGCUAGGAGUUGACAAUAUGGAUUACCUGUUAGUUAUCAUCCUUGGCACCCUGGUGGCCUGGGUGACAGGUUACAAUCGAACACAUCACGAUUACAGACCAGGAGAGAGGUUUAGCAGGCCAUCCCCAAGAAGGUCUCAGUUCCUAAUGAAAUUAAUGGAGAAUUAUGACAGCCGAGUGCCACCAAAUUUCGAUACAGAUGAACCAACUAUCGUUGACUGUGAUAUCUUUGUGAGCAGCUUUGACUCAAUAAAUGAAGCCAGUAUGGAUUAUCUAAUAACGAUCUUCAUGCGGCAAGCUUGGCAUGACCACAGACUAGCAUACGGCCAUUUGGGACUCUCAAACGACUCCAUGAUAACACUUGAUGCAAGGCUUAUUGACAGCCUCUGGGUUCCUGACCUGUUCUUCGCCAAUGAGAAAAAGGGCCAUGUCCACCAUAUAACCGUGCCGAACAGACUGUUGAGGUUAUACAAGGAUGGAACAGUUUACUACAGUGCUCGACUGUCAUUAACACUAUCCUGUCCAAUGGAGUUACAGAAGUUUCCGCUCGAUGUGCAAGUCUGUAAUCUACAGUUAGAAAGCUUUGCUUAUACAAGAGACAAACUAGAUUUUGUGUGGAAAGAGAGUGAUGAUUCAGAACCCAUACAAUUCAACGACAGGAUGGAGCUUCCGCAAUUUAAACUGAAGAAAUGGGAGACGACAACUUGUACAAAAAAUUACACCACAGGUGCCUUCCCCUGCCUGCUGGUUAAAUUCUUCCUAAAAAGGGACAUUGGUUUCUACAUGAUCCAGACAUACGUCCCGAGUGUCUUGAUAGUCAUCCUAUCCUGGGUCUCGUUCUGGAUCAACGUAGACGCCGUGCCCGCAAGAAUCUCCCUCGGCGUCCUCACAAUCCUCACGAUGACCACGCAGAGCUCAGGCGCCAGGCAGUCACUUCCGCGGGUUUCUUAUAUCAAAGCAAUAGAUGUGUGGAUGUCCACGUGUUUAUUGUUUGUGUUCGCGGCGCUGUUGGAGUUUGCGGUGGUGAAUGUCCUGUCCCGGAAGGAGGUGCGGCGGAAGAUUACCACGAGGCGGAAGGAAGCGGAUGGUGAUGGAACAUCUGGGGAAAAGGUACCUUGUAUAAGAUCAAAUAAGGACGGCGUCACAGAAACAGAAAAGAAAGAGGAGGUUUUUAUUAGGGACCCCCGCGGCAGGGAAAAGGCACGAAAUGUUGAUAUGUGGUCACGAAGACUCUUCCCAGGAGGAUUUUUUGUUUUUAAUAUUUUAUACUGGGCUCUUUAUUUAUUAUGGGACAGUCAAUACUUAUCGUUGUGAAAUGGUAGUCAGUUUGUAUAGGGCGUGAUCUCUUUAUUCGAUCAACAGCGCAGCUGUUGUGUCCGCCAGGAUAUUAUCAAUUGCAAGUAUUGUUCCAGUGAUAUUGAGCUUAGGCAGUGUAGUGACUUGAUUUUUAGAUGUUUGGUGUGUGUCAUUGUGUUCUCUAUCAAAUGUAAAAAGGAUUUGUACAGACUAGAUUAAAGUAGUGUUCAUUUUCUGA